AAAUACCACACAUGUCAUCAUGUCAAUGUCAAACUGCUGAAGCAUUUAAACAAAAUAAGAUAAAACUGGUUGACCAUCCUUUGGCCACAAAGUGAAGUCACCAUGCACAAAACCUAUAACAAGAACCCUAAUAAAUGCAAAGCUUUUAAUAUUUUGCCAAACUUUUGUAUUCAAUGCAGUUAGCUACAUUUUCCUACCCACCUCCCAACAAAAAAAAAUAAUAAUCUCCAUCACUCUUGUUUCCAUCUUUCAAGCCACAUGGCCCUAACCUCUUUCUUCGCCAUCAAAUGUCAACCGCCACAACCACCUUCCUUCCUCCUCCUCCUCCUCCAGUCCCUAUCCCUACUUACAUAACCAGCCUCGGCCUUGGCUACUCCAUAGCCAUAGCUCUUGGUUUCCUCAUCCUCAUCUCCACCAUCAUCCUCUCUUCCUACAUCUGUUGCCGCGCCUCCCGCCUCCGCUUCUCUACCUCCGCCGCAAACUUAGACUCUUCUUUCGGUAACCGUAGCAUAAUCGUCCCAAGAAUCAUGUUCGUAGCCGAUGGCGAUGAUCUUGAGUCAGCUCCUUCUGGUAACAUCGUCGUAGGUGGACUCGAGCAACCGAUCAUCAACUCUUACCCUAAAUUCCGUUACACUAAAGGUAUCACCGUCGACGCAUCAUCAGGUGAUGAUGAACUUCAAGGCGGAGACGGAGACACGACUUGUUCCAUCUGUUUAUGUGAGUAUAUGGAAGAAGAGAUGGUAAGGAUGAUGCCCGAGUGUAAACACUACUUCCAUGUCUCUUGUCUUGACGCUUGGCUUAAGCUCAAUGGUUCUUGUCCCGUUUGUCGAAACUCUCCACUACCGACGCCGCAGUCAACCCCUCAGUCAACACCACAGUCGACUCCAUUGUCGGAAGUUGUCCCGUUGUCUCAAUACGCAGCUGAUCGGAGAAGAACGAGAAGUUAAUACAUUUGUUUUAGUUUUUGUUGGGAGAUUGCAUGUAUUCAAAAUUUUAUUAUUGUUAUUGGAAUGAUAUUAUUCAAAAUAUUGAUUGAGUUGCUUUACUU